AUGGCUUCGAGAUUGCAGUUUGCGGAGCAGUACAAUGCGGUACUGCCUGGUACAUUAUCGACGAUAGCAGUCGCACUUAGUGCGGUGAUUAUAGUGUCAGUUUUGCUAAUCCCGGAGGCGGUUGCAACUUUAUGGGUUUCUCUCAGCAUCAUAUCAGUAAAUAUUGGCGUACUCGGUUUGAUGACUUUUUGGGAUGUUCGCUUGGACUUCGUCUCUAUGAUCACCAUUGUGAUGAGCAUCGGCUUUUGUGUUGAUUUCGCUUCACAUCUGGCGUUCAAUUUUGCCAAGGUAUUCAUUUCACCUAGUUAG